GGAGGAUACUGUGGACGUCACAGUAGACUUUAAAACAACAAAGCUUAGCCCAGUCUUCCUUGUCCGAAUCCUUUAAAGACCUUCAAUCGCUGUCAUUCACGUUUAUGCUCGAGUGCAUAUGUGCCUGAGAGCCGCUUUGACCGUGACAUGGCAGAGGCUCCACCACUCCAAGUAGACUCGGACUUUGAGCCUCUCACGCGGCCGCGCUCUUGCACCUGGCCGCUGCCGGAGCUCGUCGACCCGGCCAGCUCCACCACAUCUUCCCCGGCCCCGUCUGUGCAGCACGAGCCGCCGGGAAACGGCGAGUUCCCCCGCAACCUGUGCUUGUUGGAGGAGGACUAUGAGGAGGACCCGGAGCACGACUUGCAUGUGUCCCACUCUGCACGGGUGCACCUCCACCAGCACCUGCCGCAGCCGCCCCCCCUGCUCGCGUCCCAGCAACAGGUGGUCCCUCAUGGUGCGGCGCCCUCGGGUGGCUCCAGCCAGAGGAAGAGCAGCUCGUCCCGUCGCAACGCUUGGGGGAACAUGUCAUACGCCGACCUCAUCACCAGGGCCAUCGAGAGCUCACCCGAGAAGAGACUGACCCUGUCUCAGAUUUACGACUGGAUGGUGAAGAGCGUCCCUUACUUCAAGGAUAAAGGAGACAGCAACAGCUCUGCGGGGUGGAAGAACUCCAUCAGACACAACCUAUCACUGCAUAGUCGCUUUGUGCGCAUUCAGAACGAGGGAACGGGCAAAAGCUCUUGGUGGAUGCUGAACCCCGACGGGGGGAAGAAUGGCAAGUCACCUCGACGCAGAGCUGCCUCCAUGGACAACAACAGCAAGUUCACCAAAAGCCGAGGAAGAGCCACAAAGAAAAAGAUGGCUCUCCAGGAUGGCGGGGCUGAAGCAGGAGCAAGCAGUCCUGGUUCCCAGUACUCCAACUGGCUGGGAAGUCCAAGCUCCCACAGCAAUGAGGACUUUGAGUCCUGGGGCUCCUUCAGAACCCGCGCCAGCUCGGACGCCAGCACCCUGAGUGGCCGGCGUUCGCCUUUCCCCUCCGAGCAGGACGACCUCGGGGAAGCCGAGGGUCACCUUAUGUAUCCAGGGGGGAGUAAGAUUGCCCCACCCCUCCCCAGCCUUUCUGAAGUGUCUGGACCCAUGGGUGGCUCAGAGAUGGUCAUGGAGAACUUGACGGAUAACAUGAACCUGAUGUUCCCAAAGAACCCCCAAAUGGGUUCUGACUCCUCUAAUGUCGCCAUGCUUCAGGGUGGGCCCUAUAACGCCCCCCGACCGCAACAGGACUUCCGAAAAUGCAUGUACCCUCAGGCCAGGAUCGAUUCCAUGUCCCCUGUUGCGCUGAAUCCGCUGCAAGAGACCAAGCAGGACUAUUUGGUUUAUGAGAACCAAUAUAUCUGCUCCGCCAACCUCCUUAAAGAGCUGAUGUCCUCAGAAGCAGUCACUAGAAGAAACAUGAUUCCCUUUAAGGAUUCACCAAUUUCUCACGUUGGGAGGGGCCGUUGUCCAGUGCCCACCUAUGACAACCAGAGCCAAUUGGUGGCCCAUAACGGCACCAAAAUGAUCCAUCCCGUCCGUCACGUAAAUACGCAUUCUAUUCAUAAUCAGGGUCCUCCAACCUCACGAGACUUGAAUAGCGGCAACUUGAUGCCUUUGACCUGUCUGAGCGGUCUCUCAGGGCGCCCUCCUCAAAUGACAACCCUGAGGACACACAUGCAACUAUCUCGCGGGCACCCUGCCUGCGCUCAUGAUGUCACAGCGCCCUACCGCAGCAGCUACAGGGAGCUUCACCCUAAUACUCAUUACCAGGAGCACUUGCCCAGCGACUUGGACAAUAUGUCCAUUGAGACGUUUGAAUGUGACAUGGAGUCUGUCCUCCAUGACACCCUCAUGGAUGGCGGGGGGCUGGACUUUAAUUUUGACCCUGCGGCCGGGUCUCAAGUGUUCCCCCAGAGGGUCAAGACAACCUCACACAGCUGAAGGUCAGGGUAGCUCACCCAAUCGUCGAAAAUGUUUCUCCUCACCCUCUCACUCUGAGACAAAAAUAUUUUGUGAUACUCCUCAAAAGCUAGAUUGCAUGUCUUCAGUUGCCAUUUGAUGUCUGCCAAUGCAAUGUAAUACAUUUACAGGUAAAACACGUUUUACUUGACAACAUUUGAUGACGUUUUGUCAUGUUGUCUGCUCCCAGACAGUUUUAUUUUUGCUUCGUUUGAGCUGUGGGCUGCUGUAGUGUGCAUUGUUGCGCUACACUGCAUCAUUUUGCGAGGUCUUCCUCUUAUCUAAUUAAACUACAUGAGAGGGUCCAAAUCCUACAUCCAGCUCUCAGCACAUUGCAGUUAGUUCUACGCCUCUGCAAACUACAAUCACGAUAAUAAACAUUACAUACACAGCACUGCAUACCUCUACAAAAUUGAGAUUAUUAUCAUCGUUGUAUUUUUUGAUGUGUGAUCAGAUAGUGAAGGUGAUAGUGAAGGUGGCCAGUCAGUCUAUAUGUAUGUAUAAGUUGAAAGGAAAUCCAUUUUGACGAAGAGCUUUUAUCAUACAGUACGUACACACAUGGGCAAAAGUUUUGGUGGUCUUAAUUUGCAAUGAUUCUUAUGAAAUUAUUCUGUUGGAGCACAACUGGAAAGCAAUGUUCCGUCUUCAUGCGUUAAUAUUAAAUAUUACUUUUGUAAGUUUGAAAUUCUUUCUGAGUACUAAAGGUUGCCAACACUUUUGUCCAUGGCUAUAUGUUGUCCAUGCAGUCUUAUUAACGAUUAAAGUGAAGGCAGGAUACAGCACGUUCAUUUACAACCAUGCAUUUGUCGUUAAAAUGACAUAUCAAAUUGAUGUGUAAAUAUGACCUGACAGUACAUAGCUGGACCAAAUCGCUCCACAACUUUGUGGGGUUUUCCUUGUAUUUAUGUCAAGACAACAACCUGCAGGGUUUACAAAUACAUUUCAGGAAUUCUUCUGCCCUUGUUUUUUUCUGGAAUAUGUUUUAUGUAAAAUUAGAUGGGUGCUUCUCAUUAGAGUUGAGCAAGCACUGCACUGGA